UUUCCUUAGCGACAUAUCCUAUAUAUAUGUCAACGGACAUAUCAAAUAAAACUUCAUAGUUUAGCGCAUAGGGGCUGUCUGAUUGUGAGAUGUUUGUUUUUUAAUAUGUCUGCUGUUUUCAUCGCCAGUUAACGCUAGCUAUUUAAUCUGAACUUUUUUCAUAUAACGUUACGCAACAUAGUCUGGCAAGGUUGUGGUACAACUGAAUGGUGAAACCUUGUAUUUGUCCUUCUCUACACAUUGAUAACAUACUACAACUACCAACGGAGCUUGUGGAGCUAGAUAGCUAGUUAGCUCGUUGAGUUAACGUUAGCUGCUCAGAAUGGUAAACAUUGUUUAGAGUGGUUUAGCAAGUUUAAGGUGAAAGACUAUGAGUAAAGAGUCCAGAAUGAGGGCAACAGUAAACCAGAAGCUAACAGAGAUGGGGGAACGAGAGAGACUGAAGGAGUUGCUGAGGGCUAAGCUCACUGAGUGUGGAUGGAAGGACCAGAUGAAAGCUCACUGCAAAGAAGUAAUCAAAGAAAAAGGCUUGGAGCAUGUCACUGUGGAGGACCUGGUGGUAGAGAUCACUCCUAAAGGAAGAGCCUUGGUGCCAGACAGUGUCAAGAAAGAGCUUCUCCACAGAAUAAGAGCCUUCUUAGCUCAGCAUGCCACAUAAUUUAGAUUUUUAACAUUUCCUUAGACCACUUGCCUGUGAUAUACACUCAGCUAAAGGAUUAUUAGGAACACCAUACUAAUACCGUGUUUGACCCUAUCCUAUCAAUAUGGGCCAACAUUUCUAAAG